GUGGCGGCGGCGCUCGGCGAUGGCGGAGUCCGGCGGGGCCGAGUUCGGCGCGGAGCGGCCGAGCAGCAUGGCUGACAAGAACAGCACCCUGAAAUGCACGUUCUCUGCUCCUGGCCACAGCACCACGCUGCUGCAGGGACUGGCCUCGCUCCGAGCCCAGGCUCAGCUGCUUGAUGUCAUCCUCACUAUAAAUAAUGAAGUGUUUCAGGUUCAUAAAGUUGUCUUGGCUGCCUGCAGUGACUAUUUCAGGGCCAUGUUCACGGGCGGCAUGAGAGAAGCCAGCCAGGACGUGAUCGAGCUCAAGGGCGUGUCUGCCAAGGGCCUGAAGCACAUCAUCGACUUCGCCUACAGCGCCGAGGUCACGCUGGACCUCGACUGCAUCCAGGACGUGCUGGGAGCUGCCGUCUUCCUGCAGAUGGUGCCGGUGGUGGAGCUGUGCGAGGAGUUCCUCAAGUCGGCCAUGAGCGUGGAGACGUGCCUCAACAUCGGCCAGAUGGCCACCACCUUCAGCCUGGCCUCCCUCAAGGAGUCCGUGGACGCCUUCACCUUCAGGCACUUCCUGCAGAUCUCGGAGGAGGAGGAUUUCCUGCACCUGCCCCUGGAGCGCCUGGUGUUCUUCCUGCAGAGCAACAAGCUCAAGAGCUGCAGCGAGAUCGAGCUGUUCCGCGCCGCCGUGCGCUGGCUGCAGUUCGACCCCGCGCGCCGCGCCAGCGCCAGCCGCGUGCUCUGCCACAUCCGCUUCCCGCUCAUGAAGUCCUCGGAGCUGGUGGACAGCGUGCAGACCCUGGACAUCAUGGUGGAGGACGUGCUGUGCCGCCAGUACCUGCUGGAGGCCUUCAACUACCAGAUCCUGCCCUUCCGGCAGCACGAGAUGCAGUCGCCGCGCACGGCCAUCCGCUCGGACGUGCUGUCCCUCGUCACCUUCGGCGGCACGCCCUACACCGACAACGACCGCACCGUCAGCCCCAAGGUGUUCUGCCUGCCCGACGCGGCCGGGCGCCAGUUCCGCGAGCUCACCGCCAUGGAGGUGGGCAGCAGCCACUCGUGCGUGGCCGUGCUCGACAACUUCGUGUACCUGGUCGGGGGGCAGCAGCUGCAGUACCGCAGCGGGGAGGGCGCCGUCGACGUCUCCUACCGCUACGACCCCCACCUGAACCAGUGGCUGCGCAUCCAGGCCAUGCAGGAGAGCAGGAUCCAGUUCCAGCUCAACGUCCUGCGCGGCAUGGUGUACGCCACGGGCGGCCGCAACCGCUCGGGCAGCCUGGCCUCGGUGGAGAAGUACUGCCCCAAGGACAACGAGUGGACCUACGUGUGCUCCCUGAAGCGCAGGACGUGGGGCCACGCCGGCGCCACCGCGGGGGACAGGCUCUACAUCUCGGGGGGCUACGGCAUCUCCGUGGAGGACAAGAAGGCGCUGCACUGCUACGACCCCGCCGCCGACCAGUGGGAGUUCAAGACGCCCAUGAACGAGCCGCGGGUGCUGCACGCCAUGGUCAGCGCCAACAGCAGGAUCUACGCCCUGGGGGGACGCAUGGACCACGUGGAUCGCUGCUUCGACGUCCUGGCCGUGGAGUAUUACGUCCCCGAGACGGACCAGUGGACCACGGUGAGCCCCAUGCGCGCGGGGCAGUCGGAGGCCGGCUGCUGCCUCCUGGAGAAAAAGAUCUACAUCGUGGGGGGCUACAACUGGCACCUCAACAACGUCACCAGCAUCGUGCAGGUCUACAACACGGAGACGGACGAGUGGGAGAGGGACUUGCACUUCCCGGAGUCGUUUGCUGGCAUCGCCUGCGCCCCCGUCAUCCUCCCGCAGGUGACGAGCCAGAGGUGACUCGGGGGGCUCCGGGGGACAGGGAAGGACAGAACAGCUCCAGAAUGUCCCUGCUCCUGCUGGGGAGCCCUGCAAGCCGGCUCCAGCAGCAGCACUUGCCAGCCAGGCAGACUGAACAGAUGUUACAGCUGGGAAAAGCUUUUCUCUCCUCUCUCAGCCAUUUUUGUGGUGGGGGGAGCGUUUUUGCCAACUUUUCGUAUUUUUAAUGCACUGCAAACAUUGGCAGCUGAGGAGUCGCUCAGCACUGGAGUCUUGUUUCCAAGAGAUCAGGUGAGGGUUUUUUAUCAAUAGCUCCAAAAAUAAAAAAAUCAUCGUGCGACGCUUUGUUGGUUUUUUAGCAAACAAAAAAAACAAAACAAAACCAAAACCUGUGUAACACACUGACCUCCAGAAGCAAUAAAAGGACAGUGGGAGCUACAGGAGCUCAGGUGCUUGGAUUGGGAAGGCAGAUCCCUGUUUUUCAAAGGUGACUUUUCCUUUUAUUUCCCCUUCCUGAAAAAGGGAAUAUUUAUCCCUGCACACCUCUGGUCUUCACUGCUCAGAUCACGCUGCAGUUCCUCGGCCCCUCCAGCUCCUCUAGUGCAGAAAUUCUCCCUUAAUUGGGGCGUGCAGGGUUUGCAGCACUAAAGCCAUGGUGAAAGCUUGAUUAUAUAUAAACAGCAUGAUUAUUUGGGUUUAGAAGUGCCAAAAAUUUGGCUGUCCUGGCAAUAAGAGCUCUGCAGUCAGUGAAGCCAAGAGCUCCCGCAGAUUCUGGGUCAGGGUUUUCACCUUUCCCAACUCUUCCUCCAGUAAAGGAGGUGGGUGCUACUCCCUCAGCAGCUGCAAGGUUUUCUUCCCUGCCACGUGGAUGAGCUGCUUGGCAUCCCCAGACGAUGGGAGCCCCAGUGGAAUGUGGUUUUGUUGUUGUUGUGGUGGUAUGUUCAAUUAAUGGGUUGGUUUGUGAUGGCUCUGCCAUUUUUGUAAAAUCUUCACUGCACAGAACACUUCCUGAACUUUCCUCUCCUCCAAGCCAUUUUCCUUAUUUAAUUUGACGAAUGAAUUGCAAAAACCUCUGCUUUUAUCAGGAAUUCUGUUUCCAAGGGCUUUGUUUUGUAUCUGUGUCAGCUUGAUUUGGAUGCAUGCGGUCUCCUUUUGUGGGGAAGCUGUUGCAUUCUGCUCUGAAAUAAAUCCUGGGCUGCAACCUUUAGUGCCAA